AUGAUGUUUUCCCUUCGGAUAGCUACCCGUGGGAUUUCAGGCGUACGCGCCUUCUCUACAGCCCGCGUACUGCAAACUGAGCUGGCAUAUCAAGUAUUUGGCCCGGAGAACGGCGAAGUUGUCCGAAACCCCAUUCUGAUUUUGCACGGGCUGUUUGGAUCGAAACAGAAUAACAGAAGUAUUGGAAAGGCGUUGGCACGGGACUUGAAAUGUCAGAUUUUCGCUCUGGACCUGCGCAAUCAUGGCCAUUCUUUCCAUGCUCCAGAGCACAACUACAGCGUCAUGGCUGAGGACAUCCAAGAGUUUAUCACCCAGCAAAAGCUGGACAAAUGCGUCUUAAUCGGCCACUCCAUGGGCGCAAAAGCCGCAAUGGCAGUAGCUCUGCGCUCCCCAGAGCGCGUAUCAGCAUUGAUCCCCGUGGAUAACGCGCCAGUAAACGCCGCUCUAAAGAGCGACUUUCCGAAAUACGUCCGGGGCAUGCAAAAAGUCGAAGCCGAGAAAGUGACCAAACAAUCCGACGCGAACAAGAUCCUCGAAGAUUACGAAGAGUCCCUUCCGAUCCGCCAAUUUCUUCUUACGAACCUGGUCAGGUCGGAGGAAGACAAAACUCUCAAAUUCCGGGUCCCGCUUUCGGUCAUUGGUCGCUCGUUGGAUAAUAUGGCUGAUUUCCCUUUCAAGGAAUCGGAUAAUCUGACUUAUAACGGGCCGACUCUCUUUAUCCGCGGUACCAAGUCCGGAUAUGUAUCCGAUGAUACGGUGCCUGCUAUCAAGAAGUUCUUCCCUAAUGCCAAGAUCGCGGAUGUCGAGGCGGGCCAUUGGCUUAUUUCCGAGAACCCCGAAGCAUUCCGACAAGCGGUCGUAAAAUUCUUGGAAUAA